GUGGGAAUCUUGCAGUAACACGCUUGCUGUGUUUAUAGUUUGUGAAAUUUCAGUAACGAAUAGUAGCCCGGCGCGCUAAAUAGUGGUUUUUUAUUGGAUUUUUAAUAGUAAUAUUGGUUUUUGUUUGUUAAAAUUCAUUCAUUGUAAAUAAUACAAAAAUUAUGGGCGGUAUUACUCAAAGACCAUGGACACCAACUAAAAGAAGGGGCCCCAUUGCAGCUGAAUACAACAGCCCCGGCCCUGCAUGUGUAAACCUACCAUCUUAUAUGGGCAAAAACACCGUGGAAGCCAAAAAUGGCAGAGCCCCGGCUUUCAGUUUCGGAGCCAGGCACGGAGGUAGACAAGAAACCCUGGGACCCGGCCCUGGACAAUACAACGUCACCGGACUUAGUGCUAAGGGUAAAGACACUCCUUUGGCUGUAAGCUUACAUGGUCGCCCAAAAUCACCAAAAGCGGAAAACUUCCCUGCUCCUGGGGAUUAUAACCCUGAUAAAGCUGAAAAAGUAAUUCAUGAUAAUUCGCCAAAAUACACAUUUGGCUUAAAAACUAACCUCGAAAAGCCUUUAGAUACACCGGCUCCUAACGCUUAUAGCCCAUUCCAAAGGUCCUCCAGUAAAAGGUAUUCGUUUGGUAUAAGAACAAGUAUUAGAAAACACAAUGAUACACCUGCACCAAAUUUUUACAAUAUACCAAAAUCCGAUAAAGUAUUACAUGAAAAAUCGCCUCAAUACAGUUUUGGUUUAAAAACACAAGUAGAAAAACCUUCAGAAACACCUGCUCCAAACGUAUAUAACAUCCCAAGCACUGAAAAACUCUUGCACGAAAACUCUCCCAAAUAUUCUUUUGGAGUGAAAGUUAAUCUAGAAAAAUUUCCUGAAACACCUGCGCCUAAUGUAUAUGACACUUCAAUACAUGAUAAUUCGCCAAGAUAUAGUUUUGGCGUUAAGGUUGAACCAGAAAAACCUUUCCAAACACCUGCACCGAAUGCUUAUAAAAGCGAUUUACCCGAAUCAGCACCUAGAUAUAGCUUUGGCGUUAAAGUUGAACCAGAAAAACCAUUCCAAACACCUGCACCGAAUGCAUACAAUAGCGAUUUGCCAGAUUCAGCACCUAGAUAUAGCUUUGGCGUUAAAGUUGAACCAGAAAAACCUUUUCAAACACCUGCACCGAAUGCUUAUAAGGGCGAUUUACCUGAUUCAGCACCUAGAUAUAGCUUUGGCGUUAAAGUUGAACCAGAAAAACAAUUCCAAACACCUGCACCGAAUGCUUAUAAUGGUGAUUUACCUGAUUCAGCACCUAGAUAUAGCUUUGGCGUAAAAGUUGAACCAGAAAAAUCAUUCCAAACCCCCGCACCGAAUGCAUACAAUAGCGAAUUGCCAGAUUCAGCACCUAGAUAUAGCUUUGGCGUUAAAGUAGAACCAGAAAAACCUUUCCAAACCCCUGCACCGAAUGCUUAUAACGGCGAUUUACCUGAUUCAGCACCUAGAUAUAGCUUUGGCGUUAAAGUUGAACCAGAAAAACCUUUCCAAACACCUGCACCGAAUGCUUAUAACAGCGAUUUACCUGAUUCAGCACCUAGAUAUAGCUUUGGCGUUAAAGUUGAACCAGAAAAACCAUUCCAAACACCUGCACCGAAUGUUUAUAACACCGAUAUACCUGAUUCAGCACCUAGAUAUAGCUUUGGUGUUAAAGUUGAAGGGGAGAAACCGUUUGAAACACCUGCACCUAACGUGUACAAUGUACAGAAGUCGGACAUUUUAUUGCAUGAUCAUUCUCCUCAAUACUCUUUUGGAAACAAAUGUCAGGUAGAGAAACCUAUGGAUACACCUGGCCCAAAUGUUUACCAGAUUCCCUCCGUGGUUUGUGCUCCAGCCUAUACAAUUUCCGGCAGAAAUAAGGAACCCAUAGACGAAAGGGUUAAAAAUCCUGGCCCAGGACAAUAUAACAAUGUGGAUCCCGAGAGUUACAAAGCUGAACAUUCUCCUGCUUAUACAAUCAGUGGUAGAACCAACAUACCUAGGGAUGAUAGUAUCCCCGGCCCAGGAAUAUAUUCACCAGAAAAGGUUUGCAUAGAUUAUCCACCAGCCCACAGCUUCGGCAUCAAACAUUCUCCCUUCUCAGAUCACUAUUAGAAAAAAUGGCGAAAAAAAAAACGAUACGAUACGACUGUGUUUUUUAAAUAACAAUCUUGCCAUUUCAUUUUAAAACACAGAAUAUCUUACAUCCAUCAUAGCACAUAUGGAACUGUAUGUGACGUAUUUAUUUUUUAUAUUACUUAUCAUUAUUAAGAAUAAACUUUGCUUUUUUGUAAUGUUAUGAAGCUUCAAAUUUUAAUAAAAAUGUUAUUAAUUGCUUAGCUUGUUAACUUUUGUAUGCUGUUCCUUGUCACAUAUGUUUAACUUUAUACUUUUUUAGUAAAUAAAUACACAAAAUUAUAA